AUUUAUUUAUGUAUGUGUAACACAUGAUGAUAGCUGCAUUGAUAAAUAAUCUUGUUGCAAAGGGCACUUGUUUGAGCUAAUCGCUGUUGCAUAUUAGAACUUUACCCCUACCCAGCUCUUCUUGUCUGUGCCACUCCAUUUGACUGGAUUAUCAUAAACAACGAAACUGUUUUCAAUACCCUCCUCUCCUUCACUCAGUGUUGCUGCUACAGCUACUCUCCCUUUCUGCUGGAAUCCAAGCAGCUUCCUCUCCUCUCACACCCCUGCUCUCUAUUUCUCUCUCUCUCUCUCCAUCUCUCUCUCUCCAUCUCUCUUUCUCUCCCUCCUCCGUUCUCUGUCUCUCCCCACUCCUCCGCUCACUUGUGCUUGUUGCACAACUUGUGUUGUGUCGCAGUUUCCAUCCCCACCUGGUUCUGUUUCUCGUUUUGCUUAACUCACACUAAAGCACAACACCAUCAACAACGACCAUGGUGAUAGAUGAAGAAGAUGAGGAUGUAUUUUACUAUUACAAAAUUGUGGGAAAUUACUACUAUUGUAUGCUGGAGAACAAAACUGAAGUGACAAGCAAAGAUGUGGAGCGCGAUCGGAACCGAGAUCGAUACAGCGAUCGUCACCGCGAACGUGAAGCUCAAAAGAGUAGUGGUAAGCCACCACUAGCACACCGAAUUAAUCUUGCCCCUGGAGCUUUGGCAAUGCAGUCACCCCGACACAAUAACAGUGGAGUCCUGCCUGACCUGCUGCCACCGCACACACCUCCGCAAUCCCGCUCACCCCCAAUGCCUCAGAGACCACAAGACAAAAGCACUUCGGAAGAGUAUCGUCAGGCAGUGGGCAAGCAGGCUCCGAUGAACCACCAGAAAUCCUUCACAGCAUUUGGUUUUGGAGCUGGCUCCACUAUUGGCUCCAUGACACCAUCCCGCCGCGGCUCCCAGAUUAACGUUAAUGUAACCCCUUCACAGCCUAUUGAAGCUGUUAGUGAUACGCCCGAGAUCCGCAAGUACAAGAAACGGUUCAGUUCUGACAUUCUCUGUGCUGCCUUAUGGGGUGUUAACUUACUCAUAGGAACAGAGAAUGGAUUAACUUUACUUGAUCGAAGUGGUCAGGGCAAAGUAUAUACAUUAAUAUCCCGCCGUCGAUUCCAACAAAUGGAGGUAUUAGAAGGCCAGAACAUUUUAGUCACAAUCUCCGGAAAGAAAAACAAAAUCCGUGUAUAUUAUCUUUCAUGGUUGAAAAGUAAAAUUUUCAAAACCGAAGCUAUAAGCAGUGAGAAAAAAAAUGGCUGGCUGAACGUUGGGAAUCUAGAGGGCUGUGUCCAUUUUAAGAUUGUAAAAUAUGAACGGAUCAAAUUCCUUGUGAUAGCCCUUCAAGACUGCAUUGAGAUCUAUGCUUGGGCUCCUAAACCUUAUCAUAAAUUUAUGGCAUUCAAGUCCAUACCUGAGCUACAAAAUCGACCUCUGUUAGUGGACCUCACCAUUGAAGAGAAUCAAAGAUUGAAAGUAAUAUAUGCUUCCAGUAUAGGCUUUCACGCUAUUGACUUGGACACACAUACAGUGUUUGAUCUGUACAUUCCUUCACAUUAUCGGGGUACUCAUGACAAUGUGGCCACUCAGCAAAGUGGUAGCAUAACAUUCUACGUGAACCAGACCCAGGGCCCAAUAACUCCACAUACUAUGGUAAUUCUUCCUAACACAGAUGGCUUACAGCUGCUCCUCUGCUACGACAAUGAAGGAGUUUAUGUGAACACUAGUGGCAAGAUUACAAAAAAUGUUGUUCUACAAUGGGGUGAACUCCCUACAUCUGUUGCCUACAUCAGUACUGGUCAGAUCAUGGGUUGGGGAAAUAAAGCUAUUGAGAUCAGAGCAGCAGACACGGGUCACUUGAAUGGAGUUUUUAUGCACAAAAAAGCCCAAAAACUCAAAUUUUUGUGUGAACGCAAUGAUAAGGUUUUCUUCUCAUCCGUGCGGUCUGGCUCAUCUUGCCAAAUAUACUUCAUGACUUUAAACAGACCUGGUUUGACCAACUGGUGAACUGGACACAACUGAGACAGCAACUUUAAUACAUAAACACUCACACAUGCACACACACACACACAUACUCACACUUACACAACAUGGACACAUCCAUACAUGCACACGAAUAUAUAUAUGUAUGUAUGUAUAUAUAUAUAUAUGCAUACAUGAAAAUGUCUAUUUGUGUGCAUGUGUUUUAAUAUGUAUAUUUAUGUAUUUUACAUGUAUGUAUACAUUUUUAUGUAUAUACACAUAUAGCCACAUAUAUACUGGUGUAUGGAUAUAUAUAUGUAUGUAGCUAUGUAUAAGUGUGUGUGUGUGUGUCAAACUCAAACAUACACACACACACACACAAAUAUGGUAUGCCUACUUUAUCACAACGGCAAGAAUCUGCCUUUUUAAAGUCUUCUAGGCCCAUACCUAUUCUAACCCAAACUCCAGUUGCUGAUAACCUGUGUCUGAAAUCCAAAAACCAAUAACUUUUCAUUAGACAAGUCAAUGAUCUAUAAUUUCAUAAUAUAGUCAUCUUAUUUUCCUGAGGACAAUUUAAACUGCCAUCUUCCCUUUUCCCACCUGUCUUUUUUUUUUUUUUUUUUUU